CACCUCGAUGUACCUCCGGCUCUCCCGGAAAGGACCUAGACGGUCCCCGCUGCGUCUGUCUUCCCCACUCCACCCCUGUUCUGAACCCAGAAGAAUGAGAAAAUUUGUCAGGGGACAUUUAUUUCUGGUCUUUAGACCUAGCUCCCACUUUCCUCCCCCCACCACCUUUCCCCCAGAUGCACAGCGCACUAGGCCGACCGGGUGGAAAGAAAGCAAGGGGAAGGGAGAGCCAGGGUGUGGCGAGGCGUCUCGGAGCGGGCAGACUGCAGACACCUGGCGCACCUGGCGCAAACGGGGCUCAACUGUGCCCGGUGUGUCCUCUAGCCCACCGUCCCCUCUCUAGGCCCAGACCCUUUAUCCGGGAGGCUUCUGUCGGGUCCACGGAUGCCCCCGCAGAACUGACCAGAGCUGAGAGAGUAGUUGCCAGCGUAGGGCGCGCCUAUCUCGGACAAACUGCUCUUCCCGAUCAUUUUAUGCUAAAUACUAACGUGCCCCAGGAGAGAGAAGCAGUGACGCCCCGUAUGCCAGUGCGGUUGUCUCCACGACAGCGCCCUGCGUUUGUUGAUCCUGGGGUCGCCAGGCUGUCAGCACCACUCCGUGUCCUGGAGCUACUAGUCAAGGGACCCAGCCAGGCAGUACUCCAACCUGUACCUUCUAACAUCUGGGACUCUUCCAGCACCCUCUCAUCCUGUCCUGAAGAAAUCAUUGAUGGCAAAACAAAGCAGCUGGAUCCAGCUUUUAGCUUUUGGUCUGAUCAGUUGAGGCUGGAGUGCCAUUAAGCUGAGAUGGACUUAGCUGUUUGUGUCCAAUCUCACUUCUGGAUAUAAACUCAAGGGCAAGUGAUUAGACCUCCUGGGAGCCUCGCACCAAGGGCCUUUGACUUCACUGAAGGAACAAGAAGUGCCUGC